AUGGAGACAGGGCUCGCGGAGAAACGGAUCCGCAUAGAGAUUUGCAACGAUUCGGACAAAAAGUUUUUGUUCGAUGGCGACUGGUUGCGAGCUGGGGAUUGGAAAUCCGAGAAGACACAGGCAAUUGAAGCGGAGAGCUCGAGUGUCAUUGAGUUCAAGUCAACAGAAGUGCUGGGGGUGUCUGGUGUUGUGUGGUACGUCGACAGCGAGGAGAAGGAUGUUUAUUUGUCUCUGGCCUUUACAAAUCCAAGGCUGCAGGAGCCGACUUUCGCAUGUUUCAUCGGAGUGCCACCGCCGGAUCUGAAGGCAGAGCUCGACCGUGCUCCCAACCUGAAGCAGGGGGAGACCUAUUAUGGUUGGACUUCGGCCAAGGAGGGUAAUCUGAUAGUAAUGAAGGUCACAAUCUUCGCGGGAGACUUCCCACACUUUGUGCCGCCUACCGCAGCCAGCAUGGCAGAAACGCCAGAGACGCCAGAGGAGCAGCCGUCAGCAGAUGUGGCAGAUAUGGAGCCGUCUGCGCCACCAUUGUUAGAGUGGACGAUGAUCUCGACACCACCAGCUGAGACCACAACUCUCUGCACCACAAGUUCUCCACAGGAGACUCAAAAGGCCCCUGCCAGCGCAACCGAUUCUCCACAAGAUGAAGAGGAUUCCGCCUGGGAUCACGUGAGUCAAGCGGCUCAAGAGUUCUUGGACGUGACAAGGCCCAAGGAUGCAGUGGAUGGCUUGUGGAGCGGCUUGUCAGUAGCCACCAAAGGGGUUGCAGCCGGAUUUGUCUCCUUUGUUGCAUGCUCAGCGGCCGGCUUUGAGAUAGCAGGUUUGUGGGGUCUCGUCAGGGGCAGCUCUGCUGGUCUCUACAGUGCUAGUGCCAUUGCGACCACUGGCACCGUUUGUGGCGUGGGUCAGUUUGGACGUGGUUUGUACAACACACCAGAAGCCCUUCGUGCUCGACAAGAGCAACAGGUGUGGGAUCGCGACCGUGGACGAUGGGUUGAAAUCGAUCUCGUGAAGUUGGAGGCCCAGAUGAUAUCUGAAGGAGAUUUAGAUGAAGAGACAGAGAGAUCAGAAAACUACACGCCGUCUGAGUCCAUAAAGGAGACGGAGUAUUAUGACUUGCUGAAAGUGAAGCCUUCUGCUAGUGAAGCUGAAAUCAAGAAAGCCUACUACAAGGAGGCUCGAGCGUGUCAUCCAGACAAACACCCAAUGGAUGACGAGGCCAAUGCCAAGUUUCAGAAGUUGGCAAAUGCAUACCAGGUUCUGUCCGAUCCCAAGUCGAGGAAGAAGUACGACGAGGAAGGCGAAAAAGGCGUACAAGAUCGCAAGGUGAAAUUUGACCCGACGAUGUUCUUCAGCUUCCUCUUCGGCUCCGACCGCUUCGAACCCUGGAUAGGUGAGCUGUACGUGGACCUGAUGAUCAAGGUCAUGGCAAGAGGCGAUGACAAAGACGCACCUACCUUGAAGAAGCGACAAGAGCGUCGGGAGGUGCGCUGCGCAGUUCACCUGCGUGAGUUCAUGAAUGAUUUCGUGUACAGGCGGGAUGAAGCGCAAUUUGAGCAGAGAGCUCGUUCGGAGGCUGCAGAAUUAGUGCAGUGCCGAUUUGGUCCAGAGCUCUUAGCAGCACUUGGCGAGAUGUACACGCUGCGAGCAGAAAUCUAUUUGGCCGACGAGUCAGCUGGCCGUUACUCAUUCACCAAACGGAUGGCCUCCAUAAAGCAUUCUAGCAAGACGCUUCAGCACAAAUUCAACUUUUAUUCGUAUUGUUCCGACAGCUUUGCGCAAGUGGGCCAGUUGGGACAUUCCUUCAAGGUCUUGGAAGAAUCCGUCCCGAAAUCGGCUUCAGACCCGCAAGCGAAGGAAGGUGCUGGAACUGGAACUCCAGAUGCCACUGAGCAAGAACAACAGGAACAACAGCAGAAGGCACCGGAUGGUUGA